UUCGUGAAUCGCUUCGCAGCCCGAGCAAGAGAGGAAGCAACGGCGGCGGUGAAUUGAUCCUUCGAGCUGGACUCCCUGGACUAGCCGAGGAGAUGAAGGCAGCAGAUGAGCCUGCCUACCUGACCGUGGGGACGGAGGUCAGCGCCAAGUACAGAGGAGCCUUCUGUGAAGCCAAAAUCAAGACUGUUAAACGCAUGGUGAAGGUCAAGGUGACUCUGAAAGGUGAGAACACGUCUCAGGUGGUUCAAGACGACCAGGUCAAAGGGCCCCUCAGGGUGGGUUCCUCUGUGGAGGUGAAGACCAACGAGGGCGUGUGCAGCGAGGCUGUCAUCAGUAAGCUGACAGAUGCCAGUCUCUACACUGUGGUUUUUGAUGAUGGAGAUGAGAAGACUCUCCGUCGAACAUCUCUGUGCCUCAAGGGGGGCAGGCAUUUUGCAGUGGGUGAGACGUUGGACCAGCUGCCACUGACCAACCCGGAGCAUUUCGGUACCCCAGUGAUCGGUAAAAAGUCCAACCGAGGCGGGCGGCGCUCCUCUCAGGCUGUAGCCGAUGAGGAGAACAUCACUUCAUCCAGCGAGGAUGAGGAGGAAGAGAGGAAGAGGCAGAGCGAUGAGCUGCUGGGACAAAUCUGCAGCAUAGAGAAUGUGGAGGAGUCCAUCAAUUGGUUCAUAGCUCUGGUGGUGUUGCCCAGCUGCAGCGACGAGCUGGUGGUGAAGAAGGACCAGUAUCUGGUCAGGUCUUUCCACGACGGGAAGUUCUACACUGUGGCAAAAAGACACGUCCACCUCAUCACCUCCGUCAGCAUCGCCAAGUCUCACUUUGUCAGCAGGAGAGGUUUCGAAGCAGCGCAGGUGUUCCUGAGGAGCAGGGAGGUUCCAGAUGCGUGGAAGAUGGACAUGAGUCAGAUCCUUGACUCGUCCUCCAGCGAAGACGACAAAGACGAAAAGGAAAGUGAGGAAGAGGAGGAGGAGGAUGUUGACGAGGAUGAAGGAAAGAAGCACAUGAAGGAGGAGCCUGAGGAAGAGCAGGACCCUGAGGAGAGAGACAACUUCCUCCAGCAGCUCUAUAAGUUUAUGGAGGACAGAGGGACUCCCAUCAACAAGCCCCCUGUAUUGGGCUACAAAAACCUGAACCUCUUCAAACUUUUCAGGCUGGUUUAUCAUCUGGGAGGCUGCCACAAGAUCGAGUCUGGCACGGUGUGGAAACAGGUCUACAUGGACCUGGGGAUCCCCAUUCUGAACUCUGCUGCGUCCUACAAUGUUAAAACGGCCUACAAGAAGUAUCUGUAUGGGUUUGAGGAGUACUGCCGCACCGCCUCAAUCACCUUCAGAACCAUCCACCACAACAACCCCCCACCCAACAUGGUUCUGAGUAACCACAAGAAGGCCCAGGCCGAGUUACAAGAGUCCACCAGCCCACAGCCGAAGAUGGAGCCCGUCGAAGAUAAGGAGGAGGAGGAAGAGGAGGAGGAGGAGGAAGAGGAGGAGGAGGAAGAAGAAGAAGAAGAGGAGGAGGAGGAGGAGGCCGACUCUGAGAGUGACAAGGAGAUAAAGGAGAGAAAAUCUUCUCUUCGGGGGAGGAGAAGGUGCGUGGGGAGUCGGAUGAAGUUGUCCUCUCGACUGAAUCUUCCUGGACGAGGUGAAGUGGAGAACAGUGAGGAGGAGCAACGGGAGGUGAGAACGCGCAGCAAUAGAAGGAUGGAUGAUUCCGAAAAAGGCUCAGAGGAGGAGGAAGAGGAGGAUGAAGAAGAAGAGGGGGACGAGGAGACCCGCAGGAACAGGAGUGAGGACGGGGAGGACGAAGACUCUGUGACGGGGACGAAGGUCAGGGUGAAGUACGGCCGAGGGAAGACCCAGAAGAUCUACGAAGCCCACAUUAAGAAGACUGAUGUGGACAACGGAGAGCAGUUCUACCUGGUCCAUUACUACGGCUGGAACGUCAGGUAUGACGAGUGGGUGAAAGCCGAUCGAAUCAUUUGGCCCUCAGAGAAAGGGACCAAGAAGAGGCAGAGGAGGAAGAUGAAGAUCAGAGACAGGGACGACCUGGACAAGGACGAAGAAAAGCAGAUUCCAGUGGGGACGGUUAAACCGCCAGGGCCCAAGCGUGGUCGUCCUCAGAUCAGAAACAUGCACACUGGGCCCGCAGGACGCAGCGUCCUCAGAACCACCAGCAGUGAAAGACAGUCCAAUGGCAAGAACGAGACAGAUCCAAUGGCCAACAUGGCUAACGGAGACGAUACGCCUCGCAGGAGAACCAGGAGGACCUCUGGAAUGUACGAAUCGGACCGGGUGUCUAAUGAGGAUUCUGGGAACUCCUCAGACAACAGCGAAUCCGAUGAUGAACCAGAGAAGAUGGACAGGUUGUCGCCAUGGCAGGAGACUGCUGAAGCUCCGCCCAGUCAGCCAGAGGAGGAGCCAGAGGGGGAGAAAAAGACAAUUGAAGAGUCUGAUGUUAUUGUUAGCAUAGCAACGUCGUCUCUGCUGCCAGCUGCUGCGGACUGUCCCAGCAUGCUUCAGGAGAAUGCUGAGGAAGUGCUGAGCCAAUCAGAAAAGCAGCAGGGGGAGGAGCCUGGAGUGAUGUCGUCACACCUGGACAGAGUAAGCCCAAUGUCCAGCCCAGACAGGACCAAGAUGUCACCUGGACAGGAAGUCCUCCCCCAGACAUCCCCCAGCAGGAUGCUCCCCCAGCAGCUGGUGUCCUUGUCCCCCCGCAUCACGGAAGACCACGCGCACUCAUCUGUCCUGUCCUCCCCCAAGGUCAAAGGACGCAGGACUAUCCUCAAGGAGGCAAGCUCAGAGGCUCCGCCCACUAUCCCUCUUUGUAGUACCAGCCCCACCCACAACUCUCCCCCCAGCCCUCCUCGGGCUGUUGUGCUGUCUUCUCGCAGCAUCCUCAAGAGACAGGAGGAGCCCAUGGUGGUCCUCCAUUGCCUCCCCACUCAGCACCUCCCACCCAAGUCUCCCUCUGCCAACUCUGACACAGACUCUGCCACUGAGGAGGAGGAGCUGCUCCUCCAGGAGAGGAGCACCACCACCCAGGAACAGGAGGAGGAGAAGCUGACCCCCCAGGAGAGGAGCAACUCUGUCAUGAAAAGAAAGGCAGCAGAGGAGGAGCUGCUCCCCCAGGAGAGGAGCAGCUCCUCCCCAAGGAAGAAAGGGACGGAGAAGAAACUUUGUCCUGAAAAAAGGCAGGAAGAGGCUCCCUCCCCCUCCAAACCUCCUCGUUCCCCGCUGCGCCCCAACAAGAGGAGCGACGAAGGUCUGAAUGCCGAGGAGGGGGCCCUCUCUCUUGAAAAGGAGGUGCAAACUAAGUUUGCAGAGGAGCUUCUGGUGGAUGGCACUAUUAAGGAAGCAGAGGUGCAUGCUGGGAAUCCUCUCCCUGCAGCAGAAGACCCUACCUCCCCUGUUGAGGAGGUGGAGCCUCAGAUGGGCCCAGACUCCCUGGUUUGUCAUGAGGUGGACCUGGACGAUCCGGAUGAGAAGGAGAAGCCCACCUCCUCAGCAGAACAUCUCCUCCUGAUGGUGAGAGAGGAGCAGCAGAUUCUGCCCGCCCUGCCCCUGGUGGUCCACUCCUCCCUCCCGCCCCACCUCCCCAAGGCUCAGGUCAGGCCCUUCCUAAUAGCUGCCAACCCUGCCCCCUGCUCUGAGGAUCUGCCUCUGGUCACUGGUGGGGGGCAGGAGGGAGACUCCAGUCCUGGGUUUGAGGGCAGCACCUCCUCGUCCUCCACCUGCCUGCUGUCUCUGCAGGACAACAAGGACCGAGGUCAGAAGAGGGUGAACGACUGCGACUCCAGCCCGUCCGCCAAGAAACACAAACGGAACCAAAAACGGACCCACACGCCCGCCAAGGUGGACAAGAAUGGAGCAGGACACAGCAGCGACAGCGAGGACCAGUCUCGUCUCUCCUCAGUAUCCAAGUCUCAGAAGUCCCGAUGUCCGAGUUUCUUGUCUCCAUCUGCUCACUGUAAAGACAAACGGAACUCCCCGUCCCCUCAGCGCUCCUACAAGUGGACCCUACAGCUCGACGAGUUGGACAAUAUGUCCAGCACAGACAGGAUCUCCUUCCUGCAGGAGAAGCUGCAGGAGAUCAGGAAGUACUACCUGAGCCUGAAGUCCGAGGUGGCCUCCAUCGACAGGCGAAGGAAGAGACUAAAGAAGAAGGAGAGGGAAGUGUCCAACACAACGGUGUCCACCUCAUCGGGUUCCUCUGACACGGGCAUGAGUCCAACCUCAGCCUCGCCCACUCAGAACACCUUGGCUGUGGAGUGCAGGUGAUGAUACGCCCACAGAGCUCCGCCCCAUCCCCACAAAGACUCCGCCCACUACGUAGGCCCCGAG